GCGGUAGCAGCAGUAAUAGCAGGAGCAGCAACAGAAGGCGUCGGAGCAGGCGUCGGAGCUGCCCGCUAGGGGAGAGAGAGAGAGAGAGAGACAGAGAGACUGAGAGAGAGUAGGAGAAGCGGGCAAGCGAGGAGAGAGAGAGAGCCUAAGGCAGAAAAGUAACUGUCAAAUGCGCGGCUCCUUUAACCAGAGCGCCCAGUCCGGCUCCGAGAGUCAUGGCGACCGCAGCGUCUAACCACUACAGCCUGCUCACCUCCAGCGCCUCCAUCGUGCACGCCGAGCCGCCUGGCGGCAUGCAGCAGGGCGCAGGGGGCUACCGUGAGGCGCAGAGCCUGGUGCAGGGCGACUACGGCGCGCUGCAGAGCAACGGGCACCCGCUCAGCCACGCUCACCAGUGGAUCACCGCGCUGUCCCACGGCGGCGGCGGCGGGGGCGGCGGCGGCGGUGGAGGAGGCGGGGGAGGCGGCGGGGGAGGCGGCGACGGCUCCCCGUGGUCCACCAGCCCCCUAGGCCAGCCGGACAUCAAGCCCUCGGUGGUGGUACAGCAGGGUGGCCGAGGCGACGAGCUGCACGGGCCAGGAGCGCUGCAGCAGCAGCACCAACAGCAACAGCAGCAGCAGCAACAGCAACAGCAGCAGCAACAGCAACAGCAGCAGCAGCAACAACAGCGACCGCCACAUCUGGUGCACCACGCUGCCAACCACCAUCCCGGGCCCGGGGCAUGGCGGAGUGCGGCGGCCGCAGCUCACCUCCCUCCCUCCAUGGGAGCUUCCAACGGCGGUUUGCUCUAUUCGCAGCCCAGCUUCACGGUGAACGGCAUGCUGGGCGCAGGAGGGCAGCCGGCUGGGCUGCACCACCACGGCCUGAGGGACGCCCACGAUGAGCCACAUCAUGCAGACCAUCACCCGCAUCCUCACUCUCAUCCGCACCAGCAACCGCCCCCGCCACCUCCCCCACAAGGCCCACCGGGCCACCCAGGCGCGCACCACGACCCGCACUCGGAUGAGGACACGCCGACCUCAGACGACCUGGAGCAGUUCGCCAAGCAAUUCAAGCAGAGGAGGAUCAAACUAGGAUUUACUCAAGCAGACGUGGGGCUGGCGCUUGGCACCCUGUACGGCAACGUGUUCUCGCAGACCACCAUCUGCAGGUUUGAGGCCCUGCAGCUGAGCUUCAAGAACAUGUGCAAGCUGAAGCCUUUGUUGAACAAGUGGUUGGAAGAGGCAGACUCGUCCUCGGGCAGCCCCACCAGCAUAGACAAGAUCGCAGCGCAAGGGCGCAAACGGAAAAAGCGGACCUCCAUCGAGGUGAGCGUCAAGGGGGCUCUGGAGAGCCAUUUCCUCAAAUGCCCUAAGCCCUCGGCCCAGGAGAUCACCUCCCUCGCGGACAGCUUACAGCUGGAGAAGGAGGUGGUGAGAGUUUGGUUUUGUAACAGGAGACAGAAAGAGAAAAGGAUGACCCCUCCCGGAGGGACUCUGCCGGGCGCCGAGGAUGUGUAUGGGGGGAGUAGGGACACGCCACCACACCACGGGGUGCAGACGCCCGUCCAGUGAACUCAAGCGGGGGAGGGGCAGAGCUUGAGGCUCCCCUCCCCUUUGGUCCACAGUCUUUCCUGGGACCUCUGUUCUCCCUCUAACUUCUGAUUGUUUUCUUUUGCUUUUCCUUUUUCUUAUUUUUUAAUUAUUAUUUUCCCAGUCCCUUAAAAAAAAGAAGAAAAAAUAGAGAAAAUAAGGAGAAAGGAAAGUAAAACACUGGACUAUCCUAUAACAGGUAGCAGGUGUAAUAAUGGGUUUUGACCUUUGCAGGCGAGUACCCAGGCAAUGAAGUAGAAUGUCUCCUAAUGCGAAUGAAGUGUGUGUGUGUGUGUGUGUGUGUGUGUGUGUGUGUGUGUGUGUAAGAGAGAGAGAGAGAGAGAGAGAGAGAGAGAGAGAGAGAGAGAGAGAGAGAGAAAGUCCUGGUAAAACUAAAUAAAUUACCAAAAAGAAAAAAAAACCACCAAACCGUACAAAACAUAAAACUGCAGCUUCCCAAUGCUCAAAGUUAACACGUGCUGCUGUGUUUAUUUAAUAUGGAUCCCCAUCAGGAAAGAGGGAAAAUACACUUUUAAAAAUAUAGGCAAAAUUUAACCACACGAAUUUGCACUGCAAGAAAAUUGAAGUUUACAUUAACAAGUUCAACAUUUUUUUUUCUCUUCAUACCCACUGUUAAUUUUGAAGGUGUCCUUUGGGUUCUGUUUUGUUUUGCCUUGUCCAGUGGAGAGGACAGAAGCUAGCUCUUGGCUACCCUCCAUUCCCAGUGUUCUGAUGCCCCUUGUUCUUAUUGCUUGUGAACUUUGUUUUCUUCAAAUCCCCCAGACCUGGUGUAACACUUAUUGGCUCUUUUCACCAAAGCGAAAUGAUUGGCUUCAUACAAAAUAAAUAAAUGCUUGCAUUCAGGAAAUGUGCAUGGUUUGCCCGCUUUAUGCAAGGCAGGGAUACUGCUGGAAAUAUAAAUGUAAGUGUUGAGCAUUGGUUUUUGUAAACCACAAAGUAAACUUUAUCUUCAGGCAGCAUUUCUGGGUAGGAGAGAAAAAGAAAAAUCGAUAGUGAGUGAUCAGUCACUUCAUUUUUUCAGGCAGAGCUGUUUUGAAAGAACUAAAAAAAAAAAGUGAGGUUAAAUAUAUUGCUAGAGUUGUCCAACAGACAGAAACUCUGAGAACUUGGAAACACACUGUUUAGUUCUCUGCCUUUGGGUUUAAUAACUUAAUUAUAAGAGAUUAGUUGUGAUGGCAGCAGUGGUUAAACUUUGUUCCUCUACUAGGUCUUGUAUUUUUUUUUAACUUAAAGAAAAUAACCCAGAAACUUGAGAUCAUAUGCAUAGACUGUGUUUUUUAACACACAAAUGCAUAUACUAUACAUCAAUAUAAAUGGGGUAGACAGGUUUUGUCUCCAACAGUACAAUUGUUUAUGAAGUCAUAUUUUGCAUUUUACACCAUCUUCCCCCAUGAGUUAUUACAGAAAAAUAUCAGUUCAGAUUGCACAAAGUUCUUCCCCCCUCUUUCAUUAAAAAAGACAAAUGAAGGGGAAAGAGACAUUUUUAAUAUUUCCUUUCUCCCCUUUGUUAAUAAUUUUUCAGUUCAUUUUUUACCUUGUCUAAAUGGGAAAUGGUUUACUCCCAACACAAUAGAAUAUUCUGGAAGGUGUAGGUAAGAAAACAAAAACAGAAAAGGCUAUGGCUAUAUUGAAAUUAACACUAUUAAAACUGUGAUCAGUUUAAAAAAUUAGUUAUCAGCACAAAAGGGCGUUAAAAGGGAAAAAACACUUUUUUAUUAACCUUCAAUGUUUGGGGUUUUAUUUCUUUGUUAGGUAUCAGAUAAAUGUUAUUUUAAAAAAUUAAAUUCUCACUACUAUAAAAUUAUGGUUCAGCAUCAGAUUAGCACUGCACUCCGUAGUUAAGGUUUUAGGAAAAAUGCUUUAUCUAGUAUUGUCUUUUCAAACACCUGCAAUUGUUUCAUUUUCAAUGUUUUUACAAGAUGAAUGGUGACUUAAAAAUGGGCAUAUUUAUUUGCCUGUAUUUCAUUUCCCCCAAUGAAUGUCACAGGAGAUGCCAUAGAGCUAUUUCAGGUUAUAUCACACUGCUUGUUCCUGAUGUGGCCUUCAGUGAAGCAAUCCAGAGGAGGGCAAAUAGCCAAUGGUAAAAGGAGGAAAUGAAUUUGCAGAUACUUAUUACCAAGUAGGUAAGGUCAGAAGCUGGGGUUCCGGGGAUGUGCCUACAUCUUCUCUUGCUCUCUUAGGCUUACAAAAAUGAAAGUUACCACUGAACCUUACCAUAUGUAUAUAUGUUUAAUAUCUGUCUUUUGAAAUGCAGAAAUAGUUUAAAUGUUUCUUUGUCUAUUUUUCUUUUUUUUUUAAUGCUACCCAGGGAAAUAUUUUCAUAUCGUUUUACGUGGCCUGCCUCAAUGUAUAUUUAUUUCUUUGGAGCAAAAAGGUUCUGAAAACUGGUUUUCUGUAGCUUUAAAUGAGUAGGUAGCAAAAACUAUAUGGGAUGUCAUUUUUUGUUCAGUUUCUUUUAAAAAAUGCUUUGUUUUGAUACAUUUGGUUGUGCUUGUGGGGAAAAUAAAAGCGCAGAGAUCCUUAUAUAUUUAUGUUAAAGUAAUAUUUUAUUAUUACAUAAAACAGAAAUGCACAAUACCUUCAUAGUUUGUUCUAAUUAUUGAAAUAUCUUUAUUUUAUUUUUAAAGAUAGUGCCAACUUCUAAGAGGUGAGGAAGCCCUACCUAGACCUUAUACUGACUGAGCUGAGUUGUGUAUAAAAUACUUCCCUUCCUUUAUACUUCAUAAAGUUUUGGAAUAAAUUUUAUGCAGAUAUUGCCAGCUUUCAUGUUUAUAACUUCCAAAGGCAUUUUCUUGUUUUGUUUUCUUUUUUUUUUUAAAUGAAAACUGUUCAGACUUUUCUUUGCAGAAACUAUCAUGGGGCCCAAAUAUUUUCUUCACCGCCUUGUAGAACUGAAUCAAAGCAGUCAUUGUAUUUCAGCUUCAAUUUGUUUGCCAUUUCCUGAACAAACGGAAAAAACAUACUUGCCUUGUAAAUAUAUGCCGAGGUCCCUACGCCUUCCCUCUAGGUUAGCUGCACCUUUGCCAAUGGAUUGUUAAGAAAGGCAUCAGUGGAACUAGAUGGACCUUAGCCUCUGCCACAUGUCCUUAGAUAAUCUGGGACCUUCAGAAAAGUGAGGCUUACACAGAAAUUAUUAUUCAUAAUUAACAAAUAUCUUUCAACAACAAAAAUCUUUACAGUAUGCCAUACAUAUAUUUACCAACUGAUUAAAAGUAGAUACCAUGCAUCAUUCCUCUUAGGUUUACAGGGAAAUAUACUUUUUACAAAGGUUUUUACAACAGUGUAUCUCUCUCAUCACUCAAACAAACAAACAACAAGCUCUACAUUAAAAGAGGAGGAAAAGAAUGUAUUGGAGAGAUUCAAGCCAUGGUGCUAAUAGUUUGUUCCAGAAGGUUUUAGAUAGAGCACCACACUUAAAAAACAACAACAAGCAAACAAAAAGAUACCUUUUAAUGUUAGUGAAGUGUUAAAUCAGUGUUGGAUUGGUUUAUAUAUUUGUUGGUGUAUUUAAAGUCCUCCUUUGAACACUGACUUAAAAUAUAAAUGUCCAUUUAGAAAAGUAGUUUCUGGGCUUAUUACAUCUGAUCAUCUUUUCUAAUUCCUAGUCAAUAUAACAUGGGUCCCAAACAGAUUCUGCCAAAUGAUCUUAUCAAUAGUCUGAACAAGAAGUGACAGAAAGAAGAAGUGUUUUGUGACCACAGACAUGCUGAUGGGUAAAAUGUUUAAGCUAGGUAUAGAUUUGAGUUCUGGGUCAAUAUCCCUCCUCUGAAGGAGGAAAGCGAGCUGCAUCUGCCCUCUGCAGGGCGUUUCAGUGGACCUUGAGAAGGCAUUUUCCUCCUUAGCCACAGGCGCUGUGAACAGACCUAGAAACAUCAUAUAUUAAACAGAUACACUAUGUUCCUGACUCAUGCUGGCCAUUUGGGUCCUAAAGCUUCUCUGGUAGCUUCUAUGCCAGUCUUAGAAUGUAUUCCCUCUACUUAAAAAAAAAUGACUGCAGAGCCACUUAUACAAAUCUGUGGGGCAAUUGUUAAGAUACUGACAAGCCAUCUUUAUCCUAAAGACAAAAAUGCAGUGUUUGUGUUUGCUGAAAACAUGCCAUAUUUUAGAUUUAUGAUAUAAAUAUAUAUAUAUAUAUAUACUGGGGAAAAAUGACCAUAUAUGAAAGAGUAUGUGAAGGUCAUAAAGAUGGAAUGGCCACAACUAAUAUUGUGCUUGAUGGUUUUUUUUUAAAUUCUCAGUUCCCCUCAAGAAAUGUCCUUUAUAUUUGAGAUAGUAGCAGUAAAACCACCCUCCUCAUCCCUCUCCCCUCCUGCUCCUACAGAGAAGGCUACACACUGUCAAAAUUUUCUAGUGAAGUGGUUUUGAUGGAGGCUUUCAUCUCCCUAUCUUAUUCCUUCAAAAAUAACCAAUAAAACAAUACAACAGCAAAGGUGGGUGGCUCUCGCCUGUGUUGGUCCCAGCCAAGCCUCUCCACUGGCCCUUUAGUUUCCUUCCUUAUGGAAGCUUGGCUAGUGCUGGGGAGCAUGAUGAAAUUAUCAUCUUAUUACUCCUCUCUUUGGUUUGUCUUUGUUGAUUUUCAAUCAAUUCAUGGAACUGUGCUCUAGAUUCUAUUGAAUUCCUAUACAAAUUUUAAAAUGGUACAGAGAAUGGAGUGUGUAGG